ACAACCGCACUUUUUUUUUAAUUCUAAAAAAUUUUCAAAAUGGAAUUAAAUACGUUGCUACAGCGUGCUGAAAGCCUAACAAAGGAUAGCGAUGACUGUGCACUGCCCGGCGUGGAAAGAACACUCCAACAGGUCCUGCAAGCCACAGAGCAGCUGCAUAGGCGCGUCACCAAGACCGGCACCAAAGAAAUUCAAGCUCAAAUAUUGCUGGGCUCCAAGGGCAUUGAUCUGCCCAAAUUGAAUAAAAGGCUCGAGAAACUCACAGCGGGUAAGACUUUCUCGCCCCUCGAUGUAGCUGGCGCGGAGACAGAUGUUUGCACGUUUCUUAAAAACGAGCGAGAGAAUGCAGUUUUGUCCGUUAUCGAUGAUACUAAUAAAAAUAUCAGCGACACGGUUGGCAAGCAGAAAUGGGAAAAUCUAAUCAGCUCGUGGAACGAAGAAAAAACACGUUUGCUGGAGGCUUUGAUUGGCCCAUCGCAGAAUUUUAUUGACUUACAGCGGCUGCCCGACCAGACAAUCUUGCGGCGCGAAUGCCUGCCGCUCUCUUGCCUCGAUAAAAUGGGGCUAAUAUAUGCCAAGGAGCUGUGCGACUACAAUGCCCUCGUGCUCAAGGACGAGUCUCGCCCAAAUCUAGUGCAGAAAUUCGCACAGUUGACCAACACUUUUGGAGAUGCGCGUCUCACCGACAUGUGGAUGCUACUCUCCAACGUGACUCAGGUGGGCGAAGCCCUGUGUAAGGGAGAUCCCAUCAGUAAUCGGCAGCGGCCGGAGUUUGUAUUGAACGCCAAACUACACCUGGAGCGACGCUACAGAGUAUACAUUAUUUCACUGGUGAACAUGGACACCGAUGUCGACAACUAUCAAUUGGUGCGAGCUUAUGUAAAUCGUUGCUUCUGCGGACAAGAUGUUAUCGGCCUGGUGGAGACAACUGGCGGGAGGCCCCUUUGGCCACUUAUCUAUUAUAGCUUGCGCUGCGGAGCCGUUGAUACCGCUGUGGAUUUUCUUCGCGAAGCUGGCUCCAACUAUGAUGAAUUUGCUCAAUUGAUUGCAAAUCGAAGUGCAGGCGUAGUCAACUCCAAGACAGUGAGUCAAUUGAAACUGCAGUACGCCAACAAAAUACGCAAUUCAACUGAUGCUUAUAAGAAGGCUGUAUAUUGCAUCCUGCUUGGCUGCGACGUUAACGAGAGUCACGGCGAGGUGGCCAAAACAAUUGACGACUUUAUCUGGCUUAGACUGUCCAUGCUGCAUACCGGCGACGCGGCAGAUUAUGGCCAGUUGCAGAGCUUAAUCAUAGAUAGCUAUGGCGAGAAGUACUUCAAUGCUUCAGCGCAUCCACAUCUAUAUUUCCAAGCGCUAGCGCUUACUGGUCAGUUUGAGGCGGCCAUUGAAUUCCUGUCCCGUUCUGAUGCUUAUCGCGUACAUGCUGUGCAUAUGGCUAUUGCGCUGCAUGAGCUGGGUAUGUUGGGUGGCGUGCGUAGCGUUUGCCAACCUCUGCUCAUAGUUGAUGUAUGCGAUCCGACUCCGCUUCGUCGACUGAAUCUGGCUCGGCUUGUUCGUCUCUAUGUGCAGCGCUUUGAGGCAACGGACACUGCCGAAGCACUCCACUACUACUACACACUGCGCAACCUGCACGAUCCCAAGGGACGCAACAUGUUCCUAAGAUGUGUCUGCGACUUGGUCGUUGACAGCGGUGUACUAGACACCACCAUAUUUGAUUUGAUAUUUGGCCAGCGAAAGCGAGUCCACGAGGUGGAAGAUGUGCAGCUAACUAGAGGCCUGUUUGGACAAUUUAGCUGCACAGAGUUCAAUUCACGCACAAUGGCUGGCCUGGUGGCUGACGAAAUGGUGGCGCGCGGAAACUUUGAGAUGGCGAUACGCCUUUAUGACAUUGCUGGGAAUCUUAAUCUGGCCUUAAAGUACACUUCGAUACUGCUGGCGCAAGUGGUGCAGCACCGUCCAGCGGAGGGUACACUGCGGUCUCGACUUGGUCUGGAAGUUAAGCGUUUUAGCGACCAGCUGACAGCUGCGCCCUCCUCGGAUAUUGAGCCUAAGGUGUAUGUGAACUUCACAUUGUUGCGUGAUUUGCUAAAGUUCUUUGACGAAUAUCACGAUGGCAAGCAUUGGGCGGCGCUAAAGCAGCUGGAGGCCAUACCAAACAUAAUACCCAAUACCCCUAAGGAUGUGGACGUGUGUUUGUCAACCGUGAAGCAACUGAGUGGUGAUGUUGUCAAAGUCAUACCCGAUGUCAUGGUAGCAGCAAUGGACUUGGUGCUCAUACAAUACCAGCAGGCGAAGUCAGGGGUAUCGGGCGGUGCAGCCCAAAUGCAACAAUUAGAUGAGCUUCGGGAGCGCGCCAAGGCGAUAACCAAUAUGUCUGCCAACAUGCAGUAUUGUCCCACAAAUCAGCGUCUCUUGCUGAUUGAGCUCCAGAUGCAAUGAUAUGAAUAAAAUCGUAAAUGCCACCCGU